CCAAAAUCCAGACGAUACAAUUAUAGUUAGAGAUGUAAUUUAGGCAAGUUGUAAACAUUUGAAUCGAUUACUUUCAUAUAUUUGAAGGAAAUGGCGCUAUUAUUUAAUAAAUUAAUAUCGAGACAAGUUGUAAAAGUAUCUGUUCGAUAUAAACAUGGAAAGGAUCACUGGUCUGUAGUGAGAAAACGGAAAACGGUAAUGGAUAAAGCAUUAGAACACUUUGACGAUUUUUAUGCAUCCGUUUAUGAGGAUACAUGGCCAGAUAUACGAUGUGCAUUAUUAGAAGAAGAAUCGAAAUACAUGGCGAUUGUUAAUAAUUUUAGUGAUACGGAAAGAGUUCGAUCUAAUUUGGAGUUACUUGGUGCAAUAAAUUUAAAAUCUUUGUAUAAUUUACGAAAAGAAAAGUUGGAUGCCAAAGCUAAAAGAAGAGCUAAAAUCGAUACGCUACAAAUUAAAAAUCCAGAAGAAGUUGAAAUAUUUAAGGACAAGUUAACAGAACUUCAACCAGUUAAUCUUAAUAAUUAUCGUGAUUUAUGUGAAUCAUUAAAUGCUAAAAGAAGUGAACUUGAAAAAAGUGAUGAACAAAAUGAGUUUGUAGAACUAUUGUCUAUAGAUAAAAAUUUAAAUGAAGUUAAUUUAGAUCAUGAUCGUAUCGUUGACCCAUCUGUAAAUUUAUCUAGUCUUCAAGAAUAUGUACCUGUUACAGAAAUAAAGGGAAUGGAUGAAUGGGUUAUGAAUUCUGACCAUUAUAAAUUUUAUCAUAAAGGUGAAGAUUUUAAUAUAAAUGUUGAGAGAGAAUUUGUUCUACCAUUUCCAGAACAUCUGCACGCAUAUAGUUUUGAAAAAGGAAAUAAAGCUAUAUUUCCAUCUGCUAAAAAAGGAUCUACUGGUGUUUCAGAUUAUUAUUUAUUUGAUGGAGGAUCUAUACUUCCUAUAUUAGCAUUAGAUAUAAAGUUAGGUGAUACUGUACUUGAUAUGUGUGCUGCACCUGGAGGGAAAGCUUUAACUAUUCUUCAGACUCUUAUGCCUCGUUUAUUGGUUGUUAAUGAUAUUAAAGAAUCUAAAGUGAAUAAAAUUAAAAUGAUUAUGAAUCAAUAUACUUCUGAUAUUUAUAAAGGAGAAAAUAUGUUAAUAAUAAAACAAGGAGAUGCUAGAAGAAUUGAUGAAACAGGUGUAUAUAAUAAGAUUUUAGUUGAUGUUCCAUGUACAGUAGAUAGGCACGUAUUACAUUCCGAUGUGGACAAUCUUUUUAAACCAAACAGAGUUAAGGAAAGAUUAACAAUACCAACAAUUCAGUCGGAAAUUUUGUUAAAUGCAUUGAAACUAGUAACAGUGGGUGGUACGGUUGUUUAUUCAACGUGCACUCUUAGUCCUGUACAAAAUGAUGGUGUUAUACAAGCAACAUUACAAAAGGCAUGGCAAGAAAAUGAUAUUGUUACAGUUGUAAAAGAUAUGACAAAAGCAUUAUUACCCUUACGAUAUCUAUAUAACUUUGGUAAGAAUAAUGUAAAGUAUGGUCAUAUCGUUAUACCUACUAUUCAAAAUAAUUGGGGACCAAUGUAUUUUUGUAAAAUAGUAAAAGUACAGUGA